CGAAAACCUCAAGUUCUUGUAUAUAAUCGUUCAAAUCCUCUGGCCCUCUUCAUUCCUCGACGUCACAGUCCACAAGAAACAGCCCGUGAACAUAUCGUCAUAUACGAACUAUGGAGGCAGAGAAACCAUUUUUCCGGGUCGUAACCGACCACAAGUAUCGGCUGUACGUUCCCAAAACACGCCCACUUACCGACCUUGCGUGGAAUCUCGGGCUCGGCUUGCCGCUCACCAGUGGGGAAAUGUACCAUAUCAUGAGUGUGGUCGACGCACCCCUUACCCGCGAAAAUAGUUACGGGUGGCAGCUGUACGAAGAGGCACAAAACAAUUUAAGCGACAAAGCUUACGCCGAAAGCUCGGAAGGGCAAUGGGAACGGGCUGUUCUAUGCGUGGAAAAGACUGGCAGGAUUCCACUUGGAAAUGAAGACAGACUGGUGCUGGUCCAGCUGCAAAGACUUACACGGGUAGAUCCCCGUCUCGACGGGGAAAUUGAAUUGCGUGUCAGCCGUCGCGACUACAGCUAUAGUUUCAACAUCUUCAUGUCGGUGGAGGGCAUCAUUGAUGCAUUUGAGCGUUCUGAAGCUUAGGCUAGCUUUGAUUAUCUCCUUGUGAUCUAGUUUUCCUUAUACCAAGAGUCUCGAUCUCUGUAGUCGAUACAUCCUCACACAUCCUCAUGAUUCCGGGCACUACCGCCAUAGUCUCGAGUAGUAGAGUAGCAAAUAUUAUGAAUGUACCAGGUUUGCG